UCCCUCUCUCCGCGCCGCCGCCGCGCGCUCGGGAGCUCAGGUAGCGGGCGCGCGGGUGCCUUCUCGGGGGACUGUGGCCGGACUGUCGUCCUCCCGCCCCCCCGCAACUCCCGCACGCGUCCGCUCCCGGAGCCUGGGGAGGGAGAGCGCGGGCGCGGGGAGCUGGAGCCGGGCGCCGCCGCCGCCGCCGCCGCCCCCUCCCCCUCCCUUUCUCCACGACGCCGCCGCGCGCUCGGGAGCUCAGGUAGCGGGCGCGCGGGUACCUCCUCGGGGGCGCGCGACCGGACUGUCGUCCUUCCCCCCGCAACUCCCUUACGCGUCCGCUCCGGAGCCUGGGGAGGGAGAGCGCAGGCGCGGGGAGCUGGAGCCGGGCGCCGCCGCCGCCGCCGCCGCCGCCGCCGCCGCCCCCUCCCCCUCCCUUUCUCCGCGACGCCGCCGCGCGCUCGGGAGCUCAGACUCUUGCAAGCCGGAUGCCCUCUGUGGAUGAAAGAUGUAUCGUGGAAUGAACCCGAGCCAUGGAGAUGGAUUUCUAGAGCAGCAGCAGCCUCAGUCCCCCCAGAGACUCUUGGCCGUGAUCCUGUGGUUUCAGCUGGCGCUGUGCUUCGGCCCUGCACAGCUCACGGGCGGCUUCUCUGCAGAAUGUCAAACAAAGAUCGACACAUUGAUUCCAGCUGUUCGUCCUUCAUCAAGACGGAACCCUCCAGCCCGGCCUCCCUGACGGACAGCGUCAACCACCACAGCCCAGGUGGCUCUUCAGACGCCAGCGGGAGCUGCAGCUCAACCAUGAAUGGCCAUCAGAACGGACUUGAUUCGCCACCUCUCUACCCUUCUGCUCCUAUCCUAGGAGGUAGUGGGCCUGUCCGGAAACUGUACGAUGACUGCUCCAGCACCAUUGUUGAAGACCCCCAGCCAACCAAGUGCGAAUACAUGCUCAACUCGAUGCCCAAGAGACUGUGUUUAGUGUGCGGUGACAUCGCGUCUGGGUACCACUAUGGGGUAGCAUCCUGUGAAGCCUGCAAGGCAUUCUUCAAGAGGACGAUUCAAGGUAAUAUAGAAUAUAGCUGCCCUGCCACGAAUGAAUGUGAAAUCACAAAGCGCAGACGUAAAUCCUGCCAGGCUUGCCGCUUCAUGAAGUGUUUAAAAGUGGGCAUGCUCAAAGAAGGAGUGCGUCUUGACAGAGUACGUGGAGGUCGGCAGAAGUACAAGCGCAGAAUAGAUGCGGAGAACAGCCCGUACCUGAACCCUCAGUUGGUUCAGCCAGCCAAAAAGCCAUAUAACAAGAUUGUCUCACAUUUAUUGGUGGCUGAACUGGAGAAGAUCUAUGCCAUGCCUGACCCUACUGUUCCCGACAGUGACAUCAAAGCCCUCACUACACUGUGCGACUUGGCCGAUCGAGAAUUGGUGGUUAUCAUUGGAUGGGCGAAGCAUAUUCCAGACUUAGCUUUGGAACCAAACCCUUCUGACCACCCAAGGCCAAGCACAGUUUGUCUGAGCAAAUCUCAAACAGAGGUGCGGGAAAAGACGAAGAGCAACCCUUUAAACCAUGUUCCUAUUAUUCGGAUGUUGGAAGUCUUAGACUUACCAGAUCGGCGGAUUCUUAACCACUGCGCCACCAGGGAAGUCCCAUUCCUUCUUCCUGUUUUGAUCUCUUACUUGUUGGGGGCUUCCCUCAAACGAGUGAUGGUCCUUGGCUGUCUGUUAAGAUCUAAUUGGAAGCAUCACUUGGACAACUCGUUAACUGAUGGGCCUCACUGCAAGGAUUUGGGGACCACGCCUCUGAACUCUGAGCCUGCCUUGGGUUCCGUAUCUCCAGGGCAGCUUACUAAAAAGUAUAGCUCAUGCUCAACAAUAUUUCUAGAUGACAGCACAGUCAGCCAGCCUAAUCUUAGAACCACAGUAAAAUGUUUGACCUUAGCAAUAUAUUACCACAUAAAGAACAGAGAUGCAGAUAGAUCCUUGGAUAUUUUUGAUGAGAGAUUACAUCCACUCACACGAGAAAAGGUUCCAGAGGAAUACUUCGAGCAUGAUCCUGAACACAAAUUCAUUUACAGAUUUGUUCAUGCUCUUUGUAGUGCCACACAGCUAACUGCUGAAAGUGCAGUAAUAACUUUGGUUUACUUAGAAAGGCUUUUAACUUAUGCUGAGAUCGACAUUUGCCCCACUAACUGGAAAAGAAUUGUUUUGGGAGCCAUUCUUCUUGCCUCCAACUUUUGGGACAAUCAGGCUGUAUGGAAUGUGGACUACUGCCAGAUCCUCAAGGACAUUACAGUUGAGGACAUGAAUGAGAUGGAAAGGCACGUCCUGGAGCUACUUCAUGUGGAUAUUAUUGUUCCUUUCAGUGUGUAUGUCAAACACUACUUUGACCUUCGCUCCUUAGCAGAUGACAACAACCUGAAUGUUCUAUUCACUCCUCUUAGCAAAGAAAGAGCACAGAACUUAAAGGCCAUUUCCAGAUUGUGUGACGACGAAUACAAAGACGUGUGUAGAGCUGCUAUGAGAAGGUCUUUCAGCGCUGAUAAUUUCAUUGGUAUUCGGCGCUCCAAUGCCAUCCUCUCUUAAGGGAGAAGUGAGGGGUUGUAACAUCAUAAACCCCUCGAAACAAGGACUGGAGAAAUAGCACCUCUCCUGCUCAGAAACCAGCAAAGUUAGUAUUUUCACCUUAAAGAAAGACAUUGAAUUCAAGAGACUCAUGGACAAGCGAAGAUUAUGCUCAUAGGAAAGAACGGGACCUCGUCAAUGUAACACGCUCUUCUGUCCUUUUUAUUGUAAACAGAGUUACAAAAACCACUCCAAAGCUAAAAGCUCCCAAUCCAUGCACAGAUAUCUGCUCCCAAUCUACACACAGAUAUGUGAUAGCUGAGAACUAUGUGAGGUUUUUUAAUUAAUAGCUUAAAUUUUUAGACUUUAAAGACACUAACUAUAUAACUUCUAUGUUUUUCUUGCCUCACUGUCCCAUACUGCUGCAUAUUCCUUUAGAAUCAGUGCAGUAUUACCAUCAAAAAAUGGGACUCCA